UUAACCCGCGGCCGGAGCCAAACCAAUAUGUCAGACAAGACGGUGUUGAUUUAUGAAUUGUAUUGAGUGAAUGGUGAGCGUAUUUGUUAUUUCGUUGAUUGUAUGUAAUAAUACUCGUGUCGGUGAUCUGAUUUUAAGUUUUCAACAAUGGAUAUACGCGGGAUCGAAGUCACCAAUCAGUUAAGGAGUGCUAUUCGAGCGAAGCUUUUGGAACUUGGGGUACGAUAUGACGAAGAAUUACCCGACUACAUCCUGGUCAUGGUUGUGAACAAGAAAACGAGGCAACAGAUGUACGAAGACCUAUGUUUGUUCCUGGAAGAAAGUACCUCUCCGUUCGUUGACUGGCUUCACGACCAGGUUCUGAAAAAACUCCAAAAAGUUACCGUCGCAAAAAAGAAAUCAUCCCGAGAGUUGGUACCCACUGUGAUCGUUAAACAAGAAGAGGAACGUAAAAAGAAAAAAUCGUGCCCUACCUCAUUCUUAGAAGAUCAAACUGCCGAUGCGUCCGAUAAGUCAUUAGAUAAAGCAGCAAAGGUAACAAAACUUCCCAAAAAAACUGAGAAACCAACCAAAUCUCAUGCUACCGGACAAAAUACCGAAACAGAUGUAACUCACAGUCCGCAAAACCCUCCCAAAAGGUCGUCUAAUGUGGAUAGUAAAAACAGCAGCCUACCAAAUGUUCACACCGGCAGCUCCUCUCAGGAUCAGAACACUGUGGAAGCAACCUCCCUGAGAAAAACAACAGAAAAAACUAAUCAUCUGAAGAAUACAUCAAGUAUCGUAGAGCAUUUAUCCAAGUCAUCUAUCGAUGCCCAAAUCAGCGUGAAAAUGUCCGAAAUAUCGUCAAAGAAUUCUAAAAAGAUUUCGAACGCCGACCAGCAAGAAAAUAUCAGCAACAAGGUUGAAAUAAGUAGUGCAACGGUGAAACCUCCUGCGGAGGAUGAAUUCGAUGAAGAAUCUGACGAAGAAAGUAAAAAGAAAGUGAAAUCUAGCGUUAAUAAACCAAGGAUAACGUCCGUGGUGACGGUGAAAAAUCGCCUCGAAUUUCCAACGGUGAGAAAUAAAUUCAACGUGCAAGAGAGGAGGCCAGGAUUCGAAGGGCGAUAUAGAAAGACUUUCAGAGACGGAGACAAACACGAUUUCGAAGGCAUCAGAAGAAAUGAUAUAUCUAGCGGUAGAAAUACCAGAAGUGAAGAAUACUUCAGACGAAAUGUCGGUAAAAACCAUGACUUUGAAGCAAGAAUCCACGAGUCAGAUAGAUCUGUUGACAUCAAAAGUCGGCUCGGCAAUAUUCGAGAAGACAAAGUGAACAAGGCUGUGGAAUCUAAAGACAAAUCUGCUCUGACCACUCGAGUUAAAAGUACGGAAAGGUUAUCUAAUUCCAUCAAAGACAGACUAGGGUCUGGAAACAGUAUAAAAACUCGGGAGAAUCCGCUCCAUAGGAAAACUGAAUUAUUAGAGGAACAAAAAAAUUUGAAGUUUGCAGAUAAGGACAGAUCAAUGUUGACUUCAAAUUCAAGUAUUAAAAACCGUCUUGGUCCGGUGAAAAAUAUCUUCAAAUCCCCCAAAGUCACCAGACGACCUAACGUACCUAACAAGUUACUGGCGAGCAGCGAGGAUGAGGACUGUCUGAAUUUAGGUGCAGACGACGAUACAGAUGACGACGCUAGAUCCGCAGUUGCUAUUGGGCCUGUGAAGUCUAGAAUAAUAGCCGUCAAGAGAAGUGCACCGGAUAAAAGCGAAUGGAAACGACCCAAGUUGGCAAAGGAGGUCGAAGCAAAUGAUGUGACAGGCAAAGACGAGGAGGAUGAUGAAGGAAUUGCAGGGGAUGGAAAAAUUGCGAGCAAAGUUAUAGUCACACCGAGGCCACUGAAGCCACUACAGCCUCUACAAAAACGAGCCACACAAUCUCUGUUAUUCAGAGCCGUUGCGGAGGCAAACCAGUCGGUUGUUACUCAAAAAAAUCCAGAGCCAGUUCUGAUGGAAAAAACAACGGCACCGAAACGUCCCACACCGAGUGGUAUGCGUGAAGGGCAGAAUUUAUCUGUGCGUUUAAACUCAACAAAAAGGCUCGUCAUGGAAAAAAUUCAGGUAGAAUUGACGACUGGCGAGGCGGACAUAGAAAAUCCAGAGCCUUAUGUCCCUCAGCGAGUGACAGAAGAACACAUGGGCGUGGUGAUGUCGCUGUUCCAAAGGAGCAACGACAGUCAAAAAUUUCUGGUCACUUUGAACGGUUACAAUAAUAAUGUUUCUAAAGAAAAAGGUGCGUCGGAUGAGGACGAGCACCUGGACAUGGAGGUUGACGAGGACGAAGAUUUUUUAAACACAACCGUAACUAGCGAAGAUUAUGCGACCAGCAAAGCAGCCCUAAAUGGUUUUGAAUUGAUAGACGUCGUACCUGUCGAAUCAGUGGAAAAAAUGCGAAUCGAAGAUCAAAGUAGUGAGAAUCAACAGGUCAACGACACCCAAGUCACCAAAGAUUCACCAAAAAAGAAACGAAAGUUGAGCCCGAUUGUGUAUAACAGAUCAAGAUCUUCUAGUCCCGUUAACACAAGACCCACUAAACCUCCGUCGAUAUCCCUAAAACAUGUGGAGAAACAGACAGCUCUUGAAACUACGGCGCCGGGUUCGAUAGAUAAAUCCAGAGAAAAGUGUCGAUAUUGGCCAAACUGUACGCUAGGAAUAAAAUGCACCUAUUAUCAUCCGGCUGUUUUAUGCAGUCUAUUUCCGGCAUGCAAAUUUGGAGAUAAGUGUCUGUACAAACAUCCAAAAUGUAAAUUUGGUUUGUCGUGUACAAAAUUGGGGUGCGUUUACACGCAUCCACCGAGGCAGUGCAAAUAUCAUCCAUACUGUGCAAAUCCUAGUUGCACUUAUACGCAUCCGCUGCCUCAAGUUCAGCCUGUCGAAGUCGUCAGUAAUAGAGCUAAGUUUACGUGGCGUAAACACGAGUAAUGGAAACUUUAGAGUAAAAAUGAAGACAAAAAAAACAAAGAAUAAAAGUCUCAUACUUGUUGCGUAAUAUUUUGACAAGUAACCAAUUUCUUAGGGGUGUGAAAAUGUUGUGAAUUUCACAUUUCUGAAAUAUGUAGAAACAUAAUAUUCGAAUAAAUAAUAUUAUUAAAUAUUCCAUUA